AUGAACAACUUUAAUCCUUUGUCCAAAAUUCUUGAUGAUAAUCGUUUGACUGGAUCAAACUAUGUGAACUGGAAGAGAAAUUUAACAAUUGUCCUCACUGCUGAAAAAUUGAACCAUGUCCUAACCACUGAUCCACCUGCGCUUCCUGAGGCAGAUGCCACUGAUGAACAACAUGAGGUUGUUAGGAAGUGGCAUGAGGCAGAUGAUGUUGCAAAAUGCUACAUAUUGGCCUCAAUGACCAAUGUGUUGCAAAAGCAGCAUGAGGGUGUUCCUACUGCAAAAGACAUGAUGGUUAACUUGAAAGAAAUGUUUGGAGAACAAAGCAGAAGUGCAUGCCAAAUAGCCACGAAAGGUUUGAUGUCCACUAGAAUGGUGGAAGGUACUCCAGUACGGGAACAUGUUCUAAAAAUGAUAUCUUUCAUUAACAUACUGGAAACUUUGGGUGCAGAUAUUGAUGGUGAAACUAAAAUUGAUGCGAUACUUUCAUCUUUACCAGAUUCUUAUAAUCAGUUUAUUUUGAAUUACAAUAUGAAUAAGAUGAUUGUUGCACCAUCAGAGCUGCUCAAUAUGUUGCAAGCAGUAGAAGAUCUUAUUAAAAAGAGCCAACCCACUGUAAUGAUGGGUGAGAAGGAAAGUCCUAGAAAAUUCAAGCCUAAGGGCAAGAAUAAUUUUAAUAAGAAACCAAUGGACUCCAAAUUCUCUGAAAAAACACUAGGUGUUUUUAAAAAGGGCAUAGAUAAAAAGAAAAGUAAAGGAAAUUGUUUCCAUUGUGGAAAGCUUGGCCAUUGA